ACCCUUGGCCUCUCCGCCGCCGUCUCCGGCCGCCUCCGCCGCGGCUUCUCCUCGUCCGCCUCGCGCUCUGCGUGGGCUAUGAUCCACCCGCUCGCGAGGCUGGCAGACUCGAGGGCGCCGCGCGCGUCCCUCCUGUUCGCCGAGCCCCCGUGCCUCUCCCACCUCAUCAUCCCCGCCCACCUCGCUGACCCGCCCCGCCACGACCCCCGCGGCGACGACGUGUCCCUUCUCUACGGCGGCGUCGUCAAAACCUCCAGCGGCGACGGCCUCCUCCUCCUCGCCUUCAUGGACGUAAGCGCCACGGCCCCCAUCGUCGCCACGCGCGGCGGCACUCAGGAGCGCAAGUUGACUGCCAUCAACCUGGACUGCGACAUCACGCGCUUCGUCUGCAACCCUCUCAGCGGCCAGGUGUUCCGGCUCCCGGACAUCGACGGCACCAAGAAGACAUCGUGGUACACGGAGAUGGGCAUCCUCACCCAAUCUGAACGCCCGGACCGGCCGCCUGACAGGUACGCUGUCGCCGUGCUCAGUGAGGACGGCGACGGGGAGGGGCGAAGCUUCGUCAUGCGGCGGUUUCUGUCGCAAACAGGGAAGUGGGAGAAGCUGGUGGGCUUGCCGUCCCCGCUCCCGCUCCCACGGCGGAUCAAUAUAGACCGUGAGGUGCUGGCCUUGGCCGGCCGGCUCUGGUGGGUCGAUGCGAGCUGGGGCGUCAUCUCCUCGGACCCGUUCAGCGGCCAACCGGACCUCCGCUUUGUCGAGCUGCCGAGGGGCAGCGUGACAGAGCCCAUGGAGGGUCUGGAGGACGACGGGCGGGUACAGGGGAGGUACUGCCACAUUGGGGUCAGCGAGGGGAGGCUGCGCUACGCCGAGGUGUCCAAGGAGAAGCCUUUCCUGCUCAGUUCCUUUGCCCUUGAUGAUGAUGGAAGCGGCUGGACACUGGAACACCGGGUGGCGCUUAGCCGAGUCUUCCCAUAUGGAUAUGAAGAUCAAUUGUCUGGGGAUGAUACGCCACACAUCGGCGCUCUUGACCCACUGUCUGCAAGCAUCAUGCACCUCACAGUCGCAGAACUGGCUUUCUCCCUAGACAUGGACAGGGAGAAGCUGCUUUCGUGUUCGUUGAGAGAUGAAGGUACAGGCGUACCAUGUGUUCUCCCACCGUGGCUUGGAUCAAGCCGAAUCCCUUCUGCAGGAACUUUUUCAAGCACAAAGACGGAUGCCAAAAAGACUUUAUCAGACAUAUUGGUUCGUGCGGACAGAGACAAGAGGAAUUGAGGUACAGAAGCAAACUCAUCAUUUGGUUCGUUCUUAAGCUAACUCUUGUGUUCAAUCUGUUUUCUAUUUUUACAAGAUAGCACUUUUGUGGCUUCUUACUUUACACUGCCUGUAUGUGUGUUGUGCUGGUAUCAUCAUUUCGGGAAUGCAUACUCUGAAUCAUAAUAGGCAAGAAAAUGGCUAUUAUCCAUUAAGCACUUGGGAAAUUAUCCUUUUCCCCUGCAAUCUUGUGGCAGCACUUUGGGGUUCACUUUCCAGGAGCACAAGUUAUCAUUAGGGGUUAGAGUAGAGUGCACUAAAAUUUAUCAGUAUCAUGUUUCUCUCUCGACCUUCAAGCAGCUGUACAGAGUAUAAUUGUAUGGGCCGCUUAACAUAAAUUAUUUAGAAUUUCAAAAACAAUUUUGGGAUGAAACAGUAGGAACUUCAAAUUGGGUCAAUAACAAAGCAAGUAACUAAGUACAAAACAAUUUAAAGCCUGAAAGAUGUGCAGUCUCGUUUUUAUGCUUUAUUGUCAACUAGAAUACUCUGGACAAGUAUUAAAAAGCAACACUGAAUUAAAUUGUACAUUUGAGUCAUGCCAUGUGAUCCUGUUGUAACUUUUAAGUAGCCAAAUGGCUCCCUAGGAUGCAGAAAGUAAGCAUACCAUGUAUGUUUUAACAAAGAAUGUACAAAUAGGCAUGCGGGGUUAUUCUAGCGUUUCUCUUUAUACUGUACCAGCAAACAUGAUAAAAUGGCAGCUAGAAGUUCUGUUAAUGAGCUUAAAGGAUGCCUAGUCUUAUUAUCAUGAUGAGCCACUGUAACCCUUUCCUAACAUAUUGAGCAACCGAUCAAGCCUGAGAAAGCUUGCUAUUUCGUAACAAGGAUCAUGGUGAAAUCUUCCGAACCAGGCAUGGGUGAAACACAAACAUGCUAUUUUUAAAUUUGUACAAGUCAAGGGACUAGACAGAGUGUCAUAGUUUCCAUUUACAUGUGUUUACUUGUGUUUAUGCUGAACGCAGUAAACUCUUGUUUCCCCCCAUAGCGCUCAUUGUCUUACAAUAUUUAAUGGGCAACAUAUCUAGUGGAAACUACAAUCUUCGUGAAAACCCAUGCAAACCAUGGCAAAAAAGUCAUCUAAAUUCACCAAAAAAUCACAUAUGUAGAUGAUAUGAUGAUACACAACCUUGUAGAAGAAAUUGUCCAAACUUGAC